UCUGGAAGGAGUGGUACUUUUUCAAAGUGCAGCCCCGAGAACAACCCGCAGCUGCUAGCACCUCAGUCCCAACCUGCUCCUGCGUGUCCCCGCCGCGCGGCCCCGUCCCAGAUCAGUGCAGCCCAGGCCAGUCCAGCUCUCACCAUGCCGGUCAAAGGAGGGACCAAGUGCAUCAAAUACCUGCUCUUCGGCUUUAACUUCAUCUUCUGGCUUACUGGGAUUGCAGUCCUUGCUAUUGGACUAUGGCUCCGAUUCGACUCUCAGACCAAGAGCAUCUUCGAACAAGAAAAUACUCAUUCCAGCUUCUACACAGGAGUUUAUAUUCUGAUUGGAGCCGGCGCCCUCAUGAUGCUGGUGGGUUUCCUGGGCUGCUGUGGGGCUGUGCAGGAGUCCCAGUGCAUGCUGGGAUUGUUCUUUGGCUUCCUCUUGGUGAUAUUUGCCCUUGAAAUAGCUGCAGCCAUCUGGGGAUACUCGCACAAAGACGAGGUGAUUAAGGAACUCCAGGAAUUUUACAAGGACACCUAUGAAAAGCUGAAAUCCAAGGAUGAGCUCCAGAGGGAAACACUGAAAGCCAUCCACUUAGCGCUGAAUUGCUGUGGUGUGGCUGGGGGUGUGGAACAAUUCAUCUCUGACAUCUGCCCCAAAAAAGAUGUACUCUCAACCAUCACAACUAAGUCCUGCCCUGAGGCCAUCAAAGAGGUCUUCCACAACAAAUUUCACAUCAUCGGCGCCGUGGGCAUCGGGAUCGCCGUGGUGAUGAUAUUUGGCAUGAUCUUCAGUAUGAUCCUCUGCUGUAAUAUCCGCAGGAGCCGAGAGAUGGUCUAGAGUCAGCUCGCAUUCCUGAGCGGGAAGGUUCGCCCCUGAAGACUGUUGGUUAUUUUCCUGGGGUUUUGUUAUUGUUUUUGUAUUGCUGUUGUUUUAUUUUUUUGCCACUAACUUCUAGUAUUCAUUUUGCAUUUCUAAACAACAAAAGCAGUUAUUCUGUGUUUAUCUUUUUAAUGCUUUAUUCACUAUUGAUUAGUUGAGAGAUAAAGGGAUUUGGUUGGCUUUGGUUUAUAAUUUUUGGUUGUUUUUGCUUAUUACGUUAAGCAGAAAUCCUGCAAUGAAAGGUACUAUAUUUGCUAGACUCUAGACAAAAGAUAUUGUACAUAAAGAGAAUUUUUUUGGUUUUGAAUAGAUUUAAAAAAUGUCUAUCAAAUUUAAUCAGAUUGUAACUUAUGUUGAAGACAAUUUGAUACAUAAUAAAAGAUUAUGACAAUAU